UUAAAGUGAAAUUUACUUUCAAAAUAAAGAUAAAGUUGAAGUCAGUGAAAAUAAAUUGAGUUCAAAGAUAUCCAAAAGAUACAGAAUUAAUAAGUGAAGACAUAAAACAGAACUUGUGAGACCAAAGAAUUCAGUUAAAAUUCAAUUAAAAAUGUUCCCAAACAUACUCAAACAAGAAGCACAAAUGGCAACACGCUUAAGAUUGCCACAAAUUUCAUACGAUGCGGUGACAAACAUGCUUAAAAAUAGCAGAGUAGCUGCAAGCUUAACACAAUUCAAGAACAAUGCAUACGAACGUGCUAUUGGUCAGCAUUUACACAAAUCAGCAACACCUCACGAUGAUCCCACAAGAUUCGGUGACUUUGAAGUCCGAGGACGAGUUAGUGACUUUUGAAUGCCUUAACACUUGAAUCUAGAAAAACCUGUGUGAUUUAAUGUACUUAAUAAAAUUAUUAUAAGUGUUUCUUUUGAAGUUUAGUAUUAGAGUGGAA